AACCAAUCACAUUUCUCUAUCCAAUUGACCUUUUCAGCUCCCAUCCAGGGGCCUAACACGAAGCAGGUCAGGCUGGGAUUGUUUUGGAUAUUUUUGAACGGCUAGAUUUCUAAAUUCUUGUGAAAAAUUUUCCAUUUGGCGAAGGAGCGUAAUGGAGCAGACAGAGUCUGACUGGAAUAGUUGGGAAAUUGGUUGUGAAGCUGGUGACUCCAGCUCACUGAUCGAUCCAUUUCAGAAGAACGAAGAUGCCUCCAGUGUUGUAUCGGGUGAAGGAGGCAAGUCUGAUACAAUGUAUGAUAGCAGUAAUGUGGAGGGAGAAGAGUCAACUUACCAGUUUGAAAGAGAUUUUGAAAGCCUUGAAGAAAUGAGUGAAAGUAUGUCAGAUGAAGAGGAAGAAGAUGGUCAAAGAAGUCAAGUUGUAAUAGACCAGUCACCUUAUAGGUUCAUGAAUGGAAAUGAUGGUAUGGCUACAUGUGAGAGAUGUGGUGCUGUUGGGAUAAAACACGCAUUCUACUCGAAAUCAAAACGGUUUUGUUCUCUUGCUUGUUCAAGAGCUGCUGCUAAUGGUGAGGAAUAUAUCCCACCACAGCCACUUAACAUACCAAAGAAGCAAGUAUCUGUGAAGAAACCAAAGUCGGGAAAGUUUAUUAGACAAAGGAAUAAACACAGUAAUAAUAAGCAAGGUGUUGUGCGAAGUUUUGACUGGGGAUCAUACAUUCUAGGGAGCCAUGCUGAAGGGGCACCUGUUAGUUGUUUCAAACAUGUACCUAUGACAGAUUGUUGGGACAAUAUUACUGUUGGUAUGAAAGUAGAAGUUCAAAAUUUUGACUGUGAUCUUCAGAGUAUGGUUUACUGGAUAGCCACUGUCAUAAAAUUAGCUGGAUAUAAAGCAUUGCUGAGAUAUGAGGGUUUUAGUGGAGAUGGCCAUAAAGAUUUCUGGAUCAACUUGUGUCACAAGGAAGUCCACCCAGUGGGCUGGUGUGCAACUAGUGGAAAGCCCCUUGUUCCUCCAAAAACUAUUCAGCACAAGUAUUCAGAUUGGAAGGACUAUCUAGUAAAACGACUGACUGGAUCCCGUACAUUACCCAGUAACUUCUUCAGUAAAGUACAGGAAGGAAUAAACAAUCACAAGUUCCAUAAAGAUAUGCAUGUUGAAGUGGUCAACAGAAUGUGCGUGUCUGCCAUGCGUGUUGCUACAGUGGAAGAGGUGAUUGGCGGGCGUUUAAGAUUGAGAUAUGCUGAUUCCAAAGAGGAAGAUGAGUUUUGGUGUCACAUGAGGUCAGCAUUGAUACAUCAAGUGGGCUGGUCACAGCAGGUUGGACAUAAACUACAUUGUUCUGCAGAAUAUAGAAACCAGUGCCUUAGUAAGGUUGCUAUGCAGAAAUAUGAUGUUAAUGAUGCAACACCAGAUAUGUUCCCCAGGUUGAAGAGGCCACCAGCAGAUGGUUACGCUUUCCAGGUAGGACAAAAAUUGGAAGCAAUUGAUCCCCUUAAUCUAUCUGCAGUUUGUGUUGCCACUGUCAUGAAGGUACUGAAGAACAACUACCUUAUGAUAGGUAUUGAUGGCUCGAUCGCCCAGAAUGGAACUGAUUGGUUCUGCUACCAUGCAACAUCACCUUGUAUCUUUCCUGUAGGUUUCUGUGAGGUAAAUGGUCUACAGCUGACACCACCUAGAGGCUACAAGACACCAUUCCGAUGGUUUGAUUAUCUCAAACAGACUAGGUCAACUGCUGCACCGGUCAAACUGUUUGAUAAGGAAAUUCCAAAGCAUGGUUUUAAGUCUGGGAUGAAGCUGGAAGCUGUUGAUCUGAUGGAACCAAGAUUGAUUUGUGUGGCAACUAUUGCUAAGGUUGUUGGACGGUUGUUGAGAAUCCAUUUUGAUGGUUGGGAGUCAGAGUAUGACCAGUGGGUGGACUGUGAGUCUCCAGAUCUCUAUCCUAUAGGCUGGUGUGAGGUGAUGAACUACCCAGUCGAGGGUCCGAGACUGAAAACUGAGGUACCAAAUGCACCACAAGUAAAUCCAGGUUCUGCCAAGAAAAGAAAGGGUAAAACCCAAAUCUACAAAGGACCACGUAAGAAGAGGAAGCCAAAGAACCCAUUGUCACCUCCUCCAGGUGUGAAAUCUAUGUCUUCCCAGUUUGACAUAAUGCGUCAUCGUAUAUUAAACACACGACCUGAUGAGAUGACAGAAAGACCGCAAGAGGUGCCCCAAGUGUCUGAGCUUCUUGCUGAAAUCACCAAACCUAAGAUUGAAGUGAAAUCUGAACCAUUAGAAAGUCCUAGACAAGUGCCUUCAUUAGACAGGAAUCAUUCAUCAUUAACCAGCAUCCCAGAUAUAAAACCAGCAUUAAAUCGAACACCAUCAAACACCAGUCUUCCCAGAUUGAACACUGUAAAUAAUCAGUCAGCAAGCAAACCUGGCAGAACAUCUUCAUUACCAACCAAUGUCAGUACAGCUACAAAAAGUGCUUUACUGGAGAGAAUUAAUUCCUCUCCUAACUCUGUGCCACAGUCUUUAAAGACUAGUAUGCUCGCUGGCCAUUUGACUGGUGCCAUUCCUAUCCGACAAAAUUCUGGACUGGUUCCAACAACUAGCCCAGCAACUGCUGGAAGUCAGACUGUAAUAUUGGGAAACCAGUCAAAUUUAUUGCCUGGUCCCCAACAAAGUGUUUCAGAGCCACAGACUCUGUAUUUAACCCAAAGACAGCAAAGUUUGUCUCCAGAUCAGUGGAGUGUAAUAGAUGUGUGCCAUUUUCUAAAGUAUAAUGAUUGCAGUGCUUAUGUGGAGAUAUUUCACAGAAAGAACAUAAAUGGAGAACAAUUUGUGAAGCUUAACAAAGAGCAGAUAGCAAGUUUAACAGGAAUGAAAGUUGGUUCUUCUUUAAAGGUGUAUGACCUUAUCCAGGUGUUAAAGAGUAAGCUGAUGUCACAGAAACUGUCUGUGACAACCAGCUAGGGCCAUCUCAUGAAAUCUUAGGCUAAGUUAUAAAGAUCACGGAAGAGAGACUAGACUCUUUGAGUUACCAUUUAUUACGAGAUUGUUGCAACAGGGUGCUCUGUGAAACAUGGCAAUGGUAUGUGAGAAUUUACACCAUUGAUCGAUGCACUUGGGCGUAGAAAAAUAACACAUAUAUGCAAGAUUAAAAUGAAAAACCAGCACUUGUUUAGGGUGAUCUCAUUUUAUUGUGAGAAAUUUUUGACUGUGAUUGUUACAUAAGCCUUCAUUUUGAAGGCUGGUAGACACUUUAGUUGAGACUGUUGUUAUAAAUAUAUUAUAUAUCUAGUGCAGCUGAAAAAUAUUAUAUUUUAUGCCACUGCCAUAUUGCUGUUUUAUUGAUCUGGUUUAUGUUCAGAUAUGGUGCAAAUUAUGUGUUUGAAGUUAAAGACGGUUAUAAUCCAUGUACUUUUGAAGUUAUAAUGUGUUAUGUCUGAAAGAGUAACUUGCAUUCAUUUUUUGUCAUAUAUAUAAUAGAAUACAUUUAAAAUGGAUCUUUACUUGGGAUCUUUAAAAUUACGUAGGAAAAUUAUUUGGUAAUCUCAAGUAAUUGUAACUAGUAAGAAUACAAAUCUUGUUUACAGAUCCAAAUAAAAGACUUUUUGUGCAGAAAUACAUCUUAUCGGACCAUUCAUGAAUAUAGAAUUAUAUGUUGAGUAUUUUUUAAGCAUUUUAUUCAAUUUGAUACCUUUUUGUAUUUGAGGGAUUUCACAGGUUGUGAAAGAUGUUAAUUUUCCUAUUACUUUGUUUUUGUCUUUGUUUUUGUCUUUUAUAUUUACUGUUAUUAAGAGUAAAUUGUGUUUUUUUUAGUUGACAAUCAUGUUUUAGCUGUUUUUAUGCUGCCAUUUAAUUAAGCAAGACUGAUAGUACGGUAAAUAAACCUAGAAAUUGUUCUACGCAAGAUCUUUUAAGGAGCUCCACUGAGGACAAAAGGCCUAGAAAUACAUAGAUCAAGUAAAGCACUUUAAUAGAAAAAUCUUCGAAGGUAAAGAAAUUUACACAGAAUUAAUUAGAAUAUUCAUAUUUUGAGUGAUUCUUAGCCUGAUUUGAGUGAAAAGCUUUCCAAAGCUUUUCAUUUUUGUCAUUUUGCACACACACAAAAAAAAAGAUUCUGGAAAAACUGGGUAAGAGUUAUUAGUCCAGACCUACAACAAUACAAAUCUAGGAAAAAGAUUUCCAGUCCUGUCAAAAAAAAAAAAAACCCAGUGGAGUCCCUUUAAAUUCAACUGAACUUGUGAUCUGCAUGUUUUUAAUUUGUUUUUAAAGAAAAUUUCUGCAUUUUUUUGUAAUAAAAGCUGGAACAAAAGUAUGAAAACUUGAAUAAUCUAACUUGAUGUAUUUGAACACUGAAUGAAAUGGAGUUUUGUAAGUGUUUGGUGAAUUGAUUGAUCUUAAUUAACAUCAGGUCUAAAAAAUAACUCUUCUUAGUAACUUCCAAAAAGAAAAGAAAAAAGUAAACAACUAUUUUGUCUUCAACAAAAAAAAAUUGAAAAUAAAAAAAUAAAAUCCAACAAUACAAAUAUAUUUUAUUAGUUGAUAUUAUAAUUACAUAUGAUAUUUUAGGAGACUUGAAAAUGAAAAAGUGCAUUAAUUCAUUGACUAUUUUGAAGGUAUGGAUGUUUUAUUUUUUUCAUUUGUUCAAUUAUUCUCUAAAGGCCAACAAAAUUUAGGCUAUUGGAAAUGAGUAUUAUUUUAUAGGCCUUAGUCAAAUUAACAUACGCAUAAGUUUAAUGAUUUAUGCCAAGUUGCGUCUACUUUAAAUCCGUUUUUGUAUAACAAGCUGACAGCAUGAUUGUCCAUGUAAUGUUGUUAAUGGCUUCCGAUUGAUCUCAAUUGUAUAUAAUUGUUACACAAGUUUUAUAUCAUGUAUAUAUGAAGUAGGUAGUAAAAUUUAUCAAAUUAUGUUGUACUAUUUUUCUAUUGGAAGAACUGAUCUUGAAGAAAUUUCGUUUUGAAGGAAAAUAAACUUACAAAUAAUCAUGUUUUUGAAAAAAGAGUGGACCAUAUUUAUAAACCUUUUGUAAUUGUAUAUAUUUAACCCUUUUUAUAUGUCCAACCACACAUGGAAAGUUAGCUUUUUGUAAAAAAAAAUCAACAUUUAUAUUUCAUAUAAGCAUAUUAUGAGGAUAAAUACAGAAAUAUUUAGUGCUCUCUAAAACAAGGAAAAUAAUUCCAUAUAUUUCCAUAGCUAAAACUGAAUCUUGAAAAUUUCUUUAUUUGUGAUGUUAAGAAAAAAGGCAGAGAUCAGGACUUAGUUAAGAUAUACCAAAGUGCAUAACAAGAGCUUUGUCAUCUUCUAAGAGACAACUUGAAAUGCUCUGAGAUUUGAAUUUUUGGUGCAAUAUUAACCAUUAGAAGUAUUGUUAUACAUAUAUUAUGCAAAAAGAUGAGAGAGAAAAACAGCUUGGUUAAAGAUAAUCUUAACAAAUGCAAAGUUGAAUGCUAUAUAUUUUGUCAUGUAAAAUACAUACUGUUAAGGAUAGUUGUAUUUUGACAUUAAAUUGGAGGAACUUUUUGUAAUCAAGUGUUAUGUUGUUGAUAAAUAUGUUUGAAAUGAACGCAAUACUUGUCAUUGGCUUAUAAGACUGUUUGAAUUAUUUUCUUUCUUUCUUUUUUUUAACGUUCAAGUGUUUAUUUUUUCUCUUCAUUGCUAAUUUUUUUGUCUUUGUCAAUCAUAAAAUCCAGUACUUUUAGCAGUUAGUGGUGCUUAGGGACAUGUGAGAUUUUGCAGUUAACCAAAUCCAAUGUUCGUCUGUGCAUGAACUUAAUCAAACCAAGUCCGAUAUUUUCUCUUGUUUGAUUACCUCCCUUUUCGGAAUUAUCUUAUCCUUAACUGUAGUCUGUAUUUGAACAUUAAACUUUUAUGUAAAAUUGAAGUUUAUGAGAACAAUCAAAUGAGGUAUGGAAAACUUAAUCAAGAAACCUGAAAGAAAGAAUUUUAAAAACAUGAUGUUUUUAAAUAUAUUUUUUUCUUUUUUCCAAGUGAAAUUUUACUUUAUACAAUUUGAACGUUUUCAAAAAAUAGAAUUACAAUAAAAAAAAAACCCAACAGUUUCUGUUGAGUGAUACAUCUUGCAACUAUAUAUGCAAAUUUUUUUUAUAAAAUGUUAAUUUACUUGAUGAUAAUUUGACAUGUUAUAUUCUCUCAUUUUAAAAAGAUUGAAAUCCAAUCUGAUCAGUUAAAUUCAUAGUUAAAAACUUCAUUUUUAAGUAAGCUUUAAAAUACACAACAUAGGUGCAUCUAAAUAAAGAUAACUUGGCUAAAUGAUAAUUAACUUAAAUUCAAUUUAUGUAUGAAAGUCUUGAAAUUGUACUGUUAAACUGUUCUAUUUUAAGUAUCUUAUUGUUAUAGGGCAAACAAAGUGUAGAGUUAUUUAUAUGUUUUUAUAUAAAGUAUAACAAGGGUUCAUUUAUUUUUACAAAAAAUAAAAAUAGGUAAAUAAAAAAAUCAAAUUUUAAGAAAAAAGUGUUGCAGUGAAUAUUGUUAAAAAAAAAGUGGAUAUCCAAUGUUUAUUAUAUAAAAUAGAAGAAGCCUUGUGUUUUGUUGAGGAAAUAUAGUAUUGGAUUAUUUUUGGUCACAAAUAUUUUGGUAUAUGUAUAGGGAGAUUGUGCAAAAUAAUCAUGAUUCAUCAUUAAACUGUAUAUUCUUGUUCAAAUUUAAAUAAAAACAUUUUAAAUUUAAA